AUCUACGUCGAGAAUCCCGCAUGGCCACUACGAGAUAAGCAAGAGUGUCUGCUUUUCCGCUCUUUCAUCAAACACAUUGCGCCCAUUUUUGAUUUGUGCGAUCAUGAACGUCACUUUACCAGGAUCGUCCCGCAGCGCGCCGUCACCUGUCCUCCGCUACUCAACGCCAUGCUUGCUGCUGCGGCCAAGUACCUCAACAAGUUUGGGGAUGUCGACGUGCCGGUGGGGGAUGAGUACCUCCAAAAGUGCCUUGCCGUAUUGAUCCCGGCCUUGUCAUGCGCAACUGCAGUAGUAGACGAGAACCUGUUGGCCGCCAUAGUUCUCCUGCGAUUCAUAGAAGAGAUAGAUGUCCCUUUCUCUAGCAACGGCUCGCAGUCGCAUUUAAUCGGCACAAGGGUGUUUCUUGCCGCCCAGAAAGAAGUGUGUGAGUUUACAGGGCUCAGGCUAGCAGCAUUUUGGAGCGCACUUCGGCAGGAAAUUUUUACGGCAGUUGUUCAUUUCAAACCGGUGCAACUGACUGAAUUGCUUACCAAAAUAACCCCUUUCAUUCUCCCGGAAGACUGCAACUGCAGCUAUGCCAAUCGAACCAUUAUUCACUGCGCUGCUUGCGUCCAGCUUUGUUUCGGUCAUUCGACCGUCUCGCAAGAGCAAUGGGACAAGCUCAUGGACUGCCUUGACCAAUGGUGGAACGCAAGGCCCUGGCAGUUUCGGCCGAUGACGCCUGCGGAUGGAGAACGGGGCUCCUCGUCGUUCCCGGAUGAAUUCUACCUCAAUGAUGCGGUGGUUACGGGGAUACAACACUACUACCUGGCACGGUUAAUCCUCUUAGCCCAUAAACCUACGCUUCCAAGUUUGGGUUUGGCUCGAAAGAAGGCUCUUGAUAAUGUUGAUGACAGCAUCAGGGAUAUAGUGCGCCACGUGUGUGGCAUCGCUGAGGUAAACCCCAUGCUUCGCAGAAUCGCGUCGUUAUCCAUCGCCUUGGCAGCAGACCGCUUCAUAGUGAGAGAGGAGCAGGAAGCUCUUUACGAAAUAUUGAAAAUGGCAAAUCGAAAAUCACCAUGGACGACCCAAACCAUUCAAGAGGACGUAGCAGAAUUAUGGAAUUGG